AUGCAAGGAAAUGUGCAGGAAACAAGGUCAUUGGCCUUGACUCCUACAUGGUCUGUUGCUACUGUGUUGACUGUCUUUGUUGCUGUCUCUCUGCUUGUGGAGCGCUCCAUUCACCGUUUAAGCAAUUGGCUGCGGAAAACUAAUCGAAAACCAUUGCUUGCAGCUUUGGAGAAGAUGAAAGAAGAGUUGAUGUUACUCGGGUUUAUAUCACUCUUAUUAACAGCUACCUCACGCAUGAUAGCUAAUAUUUGCAUUCCAUCAAAGUUCUACAACAGUGCUUUUGCUCCAUGUACUAGAUCCGAGAUUGAUGAACAAAUGGAAGAGAAUGGCUCUGGAGAGCGUAAAUUAUUGAUGGCUUCUGCUUAUCGAGUAUUUGGGAGGAUGUUGAAUGGAAUAAAUAGAAGCACUUGCAAAGAGGGUUAUGAACCAUUUGUGUCCUAUGAAGGUCUAGAACAGUUGCACCGGUUCAUUUUUGUCAUGGCAGUAACUCAUAUAUCUUACAGUUGCCUAACUAUGUUGUUGGCCAUUGUGAAGAUUCACAGUUGGAGAGUGUGGGAAGAUGAGGCUCUCACGGAUCGGCGUGAUUCAUUAUCUGAAAUUACAAGAGAGUUGGUUAUGCGAAGGCAAUCAACCUUUGUCAAGUCUCAUGCAUUGAUAAAAAACAGUUCCCUCAUUUGGGUGACAUGUUUUUUCCGACAAUUUGCGCAUUCUGUUGUUCGUGCUGAUUAUCUUACACUUCGCAAAGGCUUCAUUGUGAAUCACCACCUUUCAUUAAAGUAUGAUUUCCACAGCUACAUGGUUCGGUCUAUGGAAGAGGAAUUUCAAAGGAUAGUUGGGGUGAGUGGCCCGCUCUGGGGAUUUGUUGUUGCCUUCAUGCUUUUCAAUAUAAAAGGAUCUAACCUAUAUUUCUGGAUAGCUAUCAUUCCUGUAUCUCUUGUGCUCUUGGUGGGAACAAAGCUACAGCAUGUUAUUGCAACCUUGGCAUUGGAGAAUGCUGGAAUUACAGGGUUCUUCCCAGAAACAAAGUUGAGGCCUCGUGAUGAACUUUUUUGGUUUAAUAAACCUGAACUAUUGUUGUCCUUGAUCCAUUUCAUUCUCUUCCAGAAUGCAUUUGAGCUGGCUUCAUUCUUUUGGUUCUGGUGGCAGUUCGGAUAUGAUUCCUGCUUUAUUAGGAAUCACCUUCUCCUUUAUUUAAGGCUAAUAUUGGGGUUUGCAGGACAGUUUCUUUGUAGCUACAGCACCUUGCCGCUAUAUGCACUUGUUACACAGAUGGGAACAAACUAUAAGGCUGCAUUAAUCCCGCAGAGGAUAAGAGAAACAAUUCAUGGAUGGGGUAAGGCAGCUAGGAAGAAGAGAAGGCAUGGUAUGUUCCCUGAUGACUCCACCAUUCAUACAGACACAAGCACUGUGUUGUCUAUUGAAGAAGAUGAUCAAAUAAUCGAUGCCCCUGAAGUGGAAUUACAGCCAGUCACAGCUGUUAUAUCCACCCCUUCUCCUAUUGCUAAUGAAACCUCAAGUAGGGCUGUCACACCCCUCCUAAGACCCUCUGCCUCGAUAUCUUCUGCGCAAUGCAGUUCCAAAGCUGAGUUAAUUCCAAGAUGCUCCUCUAUGCCAAGUGGGAGAUAA